AUGCCUCUCCCGCAGAGUCGUGCUCAGUGGCAGAGGGCAAAGACACAUUCUGCAACGGGACAAUCGACAAGCAAUCGACCACUCGCACCGAUAUCCGAGAAGACGAAAAACAAGUUGACCGAGUUCCAGUUCCAACCGCCAUCCGACGCGGUGGGCUUCACAUCGACGCCUCCCGAGAAAGAUGACCAGCAGGACACAUGCCGACCACCAGUCAGCCAAGAUGCAACGUCAAUGACCCCAGCUGGCCGGGUCAGCCUCAAAGACCUCAUGGCGCGGGAACCGAAGCCCUCCAUCGAAAUCGAACACCUCUCACCGAACGAGCGAAUCAUGUGGAACAAUAAAGAGGACCCGGCAUACUCCUCAAUGAUCUCCCCCAUGAUCUCAAGGAGGCAUAGGAAGAGGGCUCGCAGCUCGUCUCCCAUUUCCUCACCAUGCACGGACAUGGCGCCAACGCCUGUCCCAGCUGUCGAUGUCAAGAAACUAGGCGCAGCAUUGCGGUCUCCUCACGCAGACCCGACUCUUGAACUCUGGGACCGUUUCUCGCUCGGAAACAGUGGAGGCCUGGCCACGCCAUUGGGAGCAACGAACACCAGCCUUGCCCAAUUCAUGGUUUCCUCAUCUCCAAGACCCCCCAAGGCGCGUCAGUCAUUUGGCGAUGCCUCCAAGUCGUCCUUGGUCACUGCUUUGCUUGAUACUGUAGAGAGCAAGCAGGAGUUUACGUCGCCCGCAUCAGCCUCUGGAAAAGACAUGGCAUCAGAGUCGCCGUGCCCUCAGAAAAGGAGCACUGCCAUCAAUGGGACCACACAUGACCGGACCCCAUCCUCAAGUCCGUACAAACAGGAACGACCCAAGCACGGGAUUGCCCACAACCAGGGUCACGCAGUCAGACAGGGUCUUGGUCUGGGUAUUGUCACACAGGCAAAGCCUGAAUCUGACUACGGCGAUGAUGACUUUAUGGAUGACGAUCUUUUGGACGACGACACCCUGAUGCAGCUUGAUCUCAUAACCACGCAGCCAUCGAAACCUGCCAGUCAGGCACUCAUGGGACCACCUCCUUCACCGUUGAAGAACAUGCUUCUUGUCCAAGUCGAGAAGACGAAGAUUGUGCGAACUAUACACCUCAGGGGUGAUUGGUACGAAACGCCUGCGCAUGAAAAAUCCUUUGUUCACAUUAUCGGCGACUUCGACACCGAAGGGCGCUGCGUUAUCAAUGAUGACCAGAAUAUGGUUAUUUUGCACCCGGAUCAGCUCAUAUCUGCCACCGUCGUGGCCGAUUCCUUCACGUGCACCCGUCGUGCUGUGCUCCAGGAUCGCGUCAAGGCCACGAGCGAGGCUUCCGCGCCACUCGUGUACGGAACGAUGCUUCACGAGGUCUUUCAAGCAGCUCUUCUCGCGAACCAGUGGGACCUGAAGUACCUGAGCGCCGUCAUCGACACAAUCAUGGAGAAGCACGUUGAGGAUCUGUACAAGAUCAAAGUGAGCACAAACAUCGCUAAAGAACACCUGCAGUCCAAGAUGCCUGAGCUGAGCAGCUGGGCGGACAUGUUUGUCGCGUCACAGCCGAAGCCAGACGCCAUGGUAUCAGACCGCAACGGGAAGAAGGUCAACAUGUGCGUGAGCAAGCUGCUGGACGUCGAGGAGCAUGUAUGGUCACCUAUGUAUGGUCUCAAGGGCAACAUCGACGCCACAGUCCAGGUCACCAUGAAAGACGGCAAUGACACUCGUGUUUUGACGGUGCCAUUCGAGGUCAAGACGGGCAAGAACGCCAACACGAGUCAUGUAGCCCAGACGUCUCUGUACAAUCUACUCCUCACGGACAGAUACGACAUUGAGAUUGUGUAUGGUAUUCUGUAUUACAUGGAGUCCUCGCAGACGUCGAGGAUCCCGGCCAUUCGACAGGAGCUCCGCCACAUGAUCAUGCAGCGAAAUCAGCUCGCCUGCCACAUCCGCGAGCGGAGCGUGCAGCUCCCGCCGAUGAAGAAGAGCAAGCACAUGUGCAACAAGUGCUAUGCCAAGACGGCGUGCUUCAUCUACCACCGGCUCGCAGACAACGGCGACGAUGUGACAAGCGGCAUGGGCAAGCAGUUUGACGAGGUCGUCAGGCACCUGACGCCUACCCACCAAGAUUUUUUUAUCAAGUGGGAGAAUCUUUUGACAAAGGAAGAGAAGGAGAGCCAAAAGCUCCGGCGAGAGUUGUGGACCAUGGUCAGCAAAGAAAGGGAGAAACUCGGACGAUGCUUUUCUGAUGUCAUCAUCGAGGAAGGCUCUUGGUCCGAAGAUCACAACAGCCCCAGCAUCAACCGAUUCCGAUACAACUUUAUCAAACGGGAGCACAACGGCACGCACUCCUUCAUGGAAUCGCAGCUGGCCGUCGGUGAACCGAUCGUCGUUUCUGAUGAGCAGGGCCAUUUCGCUCUCGCUCUGGGUUAUGUCACGUCAGUGCGCAAGCAGAGGAUCUGCGUCGCCGUGGAUCGGCGUCUGCACAAUGCCCGGGUGCGCCAACCCGGUUUCAACGAGCACGAUAAUCAGGUAUUCGCUGGUAUCAUGGAAGUCGAGCCUGAAGGGUCCACCCCUGAUCAGCAUCAGGGCAGGGUUCGCGGUGAGCCCAUGCGCUACCGACUCGACAAAGACGAGUUCAGCAAUGGCAUGGCGGUUGUGCGGAACAACCUUGUUCAGAUCAUGGCCGACGACGUGUUUGGAGCUCGCGAGAUCCGCCGCUUGGUGGUCGAUCUGGUUCCGCCGCGGUUCAAGGCCGCACCGACUCAGUAUGAGAUUGCGGACCGGGCAAGCCUGAAUGUGGACCAGCAAGCUGCCAUCGAGAAGGUCAUGACGGCACAGGACUACGCCUUGGUACUGGGCAUGCCUGGCACGGGCAAGACGACAACCAUCGCCCACAUCAUCAGGGCUCUCGUGUCCCAGGGCAAGAGUGUCUUGCUCACAUCGUACACGCACACGGCUGUGGACAAUAUCCUCCUCAAGCUCAAGCACGACAGCAUCCCUGUCUUGCGACUGGGGGCACCGGCCAAAGUGCACCCUGAGGUCCAGGAGUUUGCCACGCUGGCAGCCGUGCCGAUGCAUUCAUUUGAUGAGAUCAAGUCGGCGUGGCAUGAUCCUCCGAUUGUUGCGACCACGUGUCUCGGCAUCGGCCACCAUGUCUUCAAUGAGCGUACAUUUGAUUAUUGCAUUGUCGAUGAGGCGUCGCAGAUCACGCUGCCAAUCUGCCUUGGCCCCAUCAGGAUGGCCAAGACAUUUGUUCUGGUAGGAGAUCACAACCAGCUUCCUCCGCUGGUGCAGAAUGAGGAGGCUCGCGAGGGUGGCUUGGACGUCAGCUUGUUCAAGCUGCUCUCUGAUACGCACCCGGACUCGGUCGUCAACCUAGAGCAUCAGUAUCGCAUGUGUGAGGACAUUAUGACUCUGAGCAACAGCCUCAUCUACAAGGGCCGGCUCAGGUGUGGCACGGAACAGCUCCGUUUCACCAAGCUCGACGUGCCCAACAUGGGCGCUCUCCAGCAAAGGCAUUACGACUCUGCUCGCCUCCUGCAGCCUAGUGCGCCGCGGUCGUUCUGCGCCGGUCCCACGCCUGGACGGUGCUGGAUCCGUGACCUCCUGGAGCCCGAGACGCGCGUCCGCUUCAUCAACACGGACACGCUGCAACCCCGGACGCACGAGGAAGCCAAGGGCAACCGCAUCGUUAACCCCGGCGAGGCGCGCGUCGUAACGCAGCUCGUCGAGUCGCUCGUCGCUGUCGGCGUUCCCGAGACGGAGAUUGGCGUCAUGACGCACUAUCGCUCCCAGCUGGCGCUGCUGAAGCACGGGCUGCGCGGUCACCCCAGCGUGGAGAUGCACACAGUCGACCGCUUCCAGGGCCGCGACAAGGAGGUCGUCGUGCUGUCGCUGGUGCGGUCCAACGACGCGUGCGCUAUCGGCGACCUGCUCAAGGACUGGCGGAGAAUCAACGUGGCGUUCACGCGCGCCAAGACGAAACUCCUCGUCGUCGGCAGCCGGGAAACGCUCAAGGGUGCGGGCCACGACGAGAUGCUCGCCAGGUUCAUCGGCCUCAUGGAGAGCAAGGCGUGGGUGUAUGACCUGCCGGCGGACGCGCUCGAGUCGCACGUCUCUGACGACGCGGCUACGCAGGCGUCGACGGCCGCAGCGCUGUCGCCUGUCAAGGCGAGGCCGGGGCUCGGAGGGCCUGUGAAGGCGAUCGGGGGGUUGAAGGGUUUCGAUAAGGAGAAUCAGAGACCGGAGCCAAAGAGGGCCAUGGCGGGAGAGAGGCUCCUGACGAAGAAUAGGCCGAUUACCAGGGAUAUCCUGAACGACAUGACGAACGGGGCGUAUUGA